AUGAAAUCUACAAGAGUUGAUCAAAUAAGAGAUAAGGUUUACAAUUCUUUUGAUGAAAGCUUGCCUGUUUUAAUGGAUAUUUUAAGAAUCCCAAGUAUGUCAAGAGAAUUUGAUAAUGAAUAUUUAACUAAUGGAUUACUCUUAAAGACAGCUCAAUCUUUUGAAUAAUAUAUAAGACAAGCAAAUUUAAAGAGUAUUUACAAAUAUCAAAUAUAGAUGCCUAAAUUUAACUUUAUAAUGAUGAAGGUUUUUCUCCAUUUUUGUUCGUUGAGGUUGAAGGCUCUGAUGGAAUGACAGAUGGUACUGUUUUAUUUUAUGGACACAUGGAUAAGCAACCACCAUUUACAGGAUGGAGAGAGGGGAUAUCAGCUUAUGAUCCAAAAAUAAUUGAUGAUAAACUUUAUGGACGAGGAGGAGCAGAUGAUGGAUAUGCAAUUAUGGCAUCUGUUAUUGCUAUUAAAACUAUACAAGAGCUCGGGCUAAAACAUCCUAGAAUAAUAAUGGCAUUUGAAGCAGAUGAAGAAAGUGGAUCUCAACAUAUAUAUCAUUAUUUAGACAAAUUAAAAGAAAAAAUUGGUUAAGUGGAUUUAGUGAUUGCUUUGGAUGCAAGUUGUGGGAGCUAUGAUAGACUAUGGGUUACAACAACAUUGAGAGGUAUAGUUGUGGGUACUGUUACAGUUUAAGUAUUGAAUGAAGGAAUUCACUCAGGUGAAUCUGGAAUAAUUCCAUCCUCUUUUAGAAUUUUCAGAUAACUUUUAAAUAGAAUUGAUAAUCCAUAAACUGGAGAUGUGGUUGAUGAUUUUCAAGUUAUCAUACCUGGCAAGAGAUAUUUAGAAACUCAAAAAACUGCAGAAGUUUUUAAAGAAGUGAUUACUAAAUUUCCAUUUCAUUAAAAUACUUAACCUGUUUUUCAAGAUCGUUUCCUAGUUUACUUAAAUAAAAUAUGGAGAGCCUAAUUAUCAGUUACUGGUGGAGAUGAUAUACCUAAUUGUAAUCAAGCUGGAAAUGUUAUAACACCUAAAACUACUCUAAAAUUAUCUUUAAGAUUACCUCCUACUAAAAAUCACUUAGAAGCUAAAGAAAGCUUUGUUAAAUUAGUAUAUUUUUAUAAUAUAUUUUAAGUUAACGACUAAUGUUCCAUAUAAUGCAUCUGUUACAAUCAGUGGUUUGAGAUCAGGACCUGGAUUUAAUGCAUUAGAUAAUCAGCCCUAUUUAGAUUCAAUAAUUAAUUAAGCAUCCUUAAAUUAUUAUGGAAAUGAAGCAACCACAUUUGGAGAUGGAGGAGCUAUUUAUUUAAUGACUCAUUUAUAAUUAAUACAUCCUAAAGCUUCAUUUUUAAUUAUCGGGGUAUUAGGGACAGGUGCUAAUGAACAUGGUCCAAACGAAUGUUUAGAUUUACCCAACGUUAGAAAAUUAAUAAGUUGCAUAACUGAAAUCAUAUCAGAAGUAUAACCUCAUAUAAAAAAAUGA